AUGAUUCCAGAAGAGCUCAUUCAGCUCAUUAAAGUUCAGUGGGCAGUCUUACAUGCUCACAUACUCCACAAUGGAUCAACCUACACUCAUGACUCUACCCAUGUAGGCAACAGCCUAAUCCUUUAUUAUCCUGGUGGUGUCAAGAGCAUGCAACCAGCACCAGGUAUUAUCAAGUUUAUUUUUGAGACCCAGCAAGGAGUAGCCUUUGCCGUGCAAUGUCACCUUCCCCUGCACUCUUACCCAGAUCCUUUCUGCCACUAUCCUCACUUCCCAGCUUGUUUAUAUUCAUCAGUGCUCUCUGACCAUCUUGAAAUUGUCAUGCCUGAGUGGGUUGUAUCUCAUUUUGUGCAGUGGAACUUCUCUGUGCAGCAUAUUGUUGUGGUGUCUUUGUGCCAGGUGUGUCAUCCCAUCUUUGACAUCUUAUAA